UCCUUUUCAGUGUCUUUGAUGGUCUGAAGCGGCGCACAUUAGUAAACAGUGUUCUGGUGUCUCACAGUUCAGUCGUUUCAGUGACUGAGAGAGUCUGCUUUGUAAAGCUAGCAUUCAGAGCUGCUAGCAGUUGCUGUGCUGUCUAACACGAUUGGAACGGACCCACUGAGUUGUUAUUGCCGCUUGAUUUGUUUUGCUGUCGUUUGGGGAACUGCUUGGCAAUGCCAUGGUGGACUCCCACAGUGGGCAUUGUGUUCCUGGCCGUGCUGUACCUGGUGGCCAGGCUGUAUUUCGGAUGGAGUUUGACCGAGAGGUGUCUGCUGAAGGGAGCCCCGAGCCCGGGGGACAGCGAUGUGCCGAGGCUAGUCCACAAGCCCUCCGCCCUGGCCAAGUACCUGCUCAGGAGCUGCCUGAGCUUCAGCGCGGGGGCGCCGUGCCGCGGGGUCUGGAGCAAACUGCCUCACCUGCAGACCGUCUGGAAUGUGGUCUGGCCGCCGGGCACCGCCGUCCACUUCGUCCGGGAUUACCUGCAGUUGGCCGACGAGGGGCUGGUGGCACUGGACUGGGCAGUGCCCGCCUCAUCGGGCAGGAGAAGAGCCUCCAGCAACUCGCCGGCGCCCAUCGUCCUCAUCAUCCCCAACUCCUUCGGCAAGAUCACCAGGAACGUGGUCGAGCUCUGUGCCUCAGCCUUGGAUUAUGGCUACCGCCCAGUAAUCUUUAAUAGAAGGUGUCAGAAUGGAAGUCUUUUAACUACAUUGAAACUGCAACAGUUUGGUGAUCCAUCUGAUCUAAGGGAAGCAGUCAGAUACAUUCGAUACAAACAUCCAAAUGCCAGACUUUUCACUGUAAGUGAGAGCACAGGAGCUGGACUUUUGCUGUCUUAUCUUGGAGAGUGUGGAUCUUCCAGUUAUGUGACAUCUGCAGCCUGCAUCUCACCUGUCUUCAGGUAUCAGGAAUGGUUUGAAGUAGGACUGCCUUGGCUUUAUCAAUGGUUUCUACUCCUUUACCAAAAAACCUGGCUCAGUAGGUAUGCCACUGCACUGGGACAGAUCAUUGACAUGGAUAAGUUGUUUGCUACACGUACUCUGAAGGAGAUGGAAGAGGUACUGUUCUGUCAAACAAAAAAGAGCAACCUAUCUUGGGACUUGUACUGGGAGAAGAAUGAUCCAUUGCGGGAUGUGGAUGAGGUUGCUGUGCCAGUACUGUGUAUUUGCAGCCAAGAUGAUCCAUGCAGAGGGGACCCAGAUUCGACUCUGCCAUUUGAGCUCUUUGAAACCAACCCCCAUUUUUUCUUAUUGUUAACUAAACAUGGUGGCCAUUGCGGCUUCUUGAAGAACAGAUACUCUACAUGGAGUCAUGAGGUAUUACUAGAGUAUUUUAAAUCUGUCAGUGAGUUCUUUAUGACUGAGGAAAGGACAAAAAGUUUUUCAAAAAGGAAAUGUACAGGGUCUGGAAUCUCCAUGUCUUAUAAAUGUGGCAGAGGCAACAAUUUCAAAAGAGAUUCAUUUUGCUCUCACAAUAUCCAUGAUAUUUUCAAUUGGCAACGGUCCUAUACCAGGUGAUUAAAAAUUAGAAUACAUAUGAAAUUAUUGUUCUUAAUAACCUCAAAUAUCAAACUGACGCAGCCCUGUUUGAUGUGGAUCAUCAUAUGAAACCUCAUUGGCCUAAACAAGGGUUCAGCCUUUCAUUUUUUCACAGGGUUUAUGAUUGUUGAGGUUUGGACAUCUCAUUAGUUUCCAGGCAGCUAGAAAAAACAUUUUUGACUAAAGA